UUACCGAGAAACCGCAAAGAAGCGUAAACUCCUCUGUCCUGAAGAUGUCUGAAAACCUAAAGUUACAGCUUUACCUCCGACUGUUACAAAGCGCUGACACUGGAGACUCCUUCCGUAAAUGUUAUAUAAAUACCUCCUUACGGAAAACACGUUUCUUAAUUCAUUUCAAAUUGGAUUCUCUUUAGAGAGAGAGAGAGAGAGAGAGAGGGGGUUGGAGAGAGAGAUGAGCGUGGCUGUGAGCAGUAACACUCAGGUGGAAUAUGAGGACGACUUUGAGAAAGAUCUGGACUGGCUGAUCAGCGAGGAGGGCAAGGACGAAGAGCAGGAUGACGAGGACAUUGAAGCCCAGCUAGACCACGAGCUGGAAGAUGAGGAACGACGGAAGGAACUUGACGAAGGGCGGAGCAAAAUUUGCACGGACGACGAUGGAGAUAACGAAAGAUGGCCGACGCCCAUGGACCCUUUGGAGGAUGCGUUCGACGUCGACGGCGAUUCUAAACAUGAGCAGGAUGAAGAACAGGUGGAAGAAGAGAAGAAAUUCAUCCAGCAGAAGAUCGAGCAGGCGAACAGGCAGCUGAAGGACCAGGAGGCGCCGGACGAGACACGUCGCCGCCGUCUGCACUUCAAAGACACCCUCGUGGACCUGGUGGUUCCCGCCAGCGACCUGGAGGACAGUCCGGCAGACGUCUCGGGCCACAUGCUGAAGUUGAAGAUCUCCUCUCGGGAGGAAAGUGGCGGAGGAGACGCACGCAGAGACGGCGCGAGAGAAGGACGAGUGCUGGUGGAGAAGGACGGGAAGUUUGAUCUAGUGAGUCUGAAAGAAAUGGAGAGUCCAGGAUUGCUCCCGCCUCUCCCCGAGACUCAACGAGAACCCGGCAAGAGUCCGUCCUCCUCCCCGAAACUGCUCUCCAGCUCGGGUUCUUCAGCCUCAUCCGAGCCUCGCUAUGCGCCCAGGCCUCCAGCACGACCCCGGUCGCGUCCCAAUUCAGCGAGCAACACGCAGAGGGCAGUGUAUAGAUACGGCAGCAAGCGUAGGGUUCAGUCGGCCAGCGGGGUUUCAUCUCAUGCCACCUUUUCCCUCUCGCCGCAGCAGAAAGAGCUGCUGAACAAACAACAGCAGAUGAGAGAGAAACUCGCCAGAGAGGAGGAAGAGCGGAGACUUGAGGAGGAGGAGCAGAAGCGUCAGGAGAACGAGCUGGCGUUCAGGUCGUGGAUGAUGAAGAAGAGGCAGCAGCUGCGGCAGGAGAGGAGAGUGCAGAGAGCUCAGGAGAUGGAGAGGAUGAGCGGAAAGAGGGAGUGCUGUGAUGCAGAGGAAGCGUUUAACCUCUGGCUGCAGAAGAAGCAGCAGCAGCAGCUGAAGGAGCGACAGCUGGAGGAGAUGAAGAAGCUCGAGAUGGAGAGUAGCAGCUACCUGCACCAACCUGAGGAGUGUGAGAAAGCCUUCAGACUGUGGUUGAGAAGGAAGCGGUUGGAGAAACGGCUGGAGCAACAGGCUGCUCGAGAGCGCUCCCGCAGGCUGUUGAUGGAAGAACGACGCGCCAGACGCAUGAACGACCUCUACUACCCCGUCAACGAGAUCCAGUCCCUCCUAUUCAAACAGCCCUACAGCCAUCGCUUCUAA